CUUGUUGAGGCCCGAGGGUUCAACUAAGGUAAGGGGGCGUCCUCGGCUGAACUUGUUGGUGAAGAAACAAAUACGAGCUGCGGCAUCCACAGCGGAGCAGAAACAAGCGAGACGAGGUGGGAGAACGACUGGCAACGUACACUGUAGGCUGUCGCAUACGUUAACAAGUUUUCUUUUUACGACUGGAGCUGAAAUUGAAUAAAAUUGACAAUCGUUUAGUCGUUCGAGAUACGACAGAUCUACAUUGAGUGUAUACGAAAGGAAUAAAAGAAGCUAAUAUUUCUUCGCAGGUGGAGCUGUUGCUGCAUGGAAGAUUUAUCUGAAGUCAGGGACCCCAAUCUGUAGCUUCGACCUCAACGUCAUUUUCUAGCGCUAUACCUCAUUGGAAAACCCCCCCACAAAUAAUACACAAAGCAAGACCAAUGAGUGGAGCAGUGAAGGUUUUAGAGGAGAAUACAGACGAAAUGACCGGCCAAAGUGAUGCGGUGCUGCAGGAGCUAGUCUCCCCCGUGCCGUCCAGCGGGAGAGAGCUGGAAUCGGAGUCUUCGGACGGGGCGCUGUCCUUCACGGACGAGACGGUGUCCAUCCUGACGUCCAGCAGCAUGCUGGCCCGCUCCCUGCUGGGCCGCUCCUCGGGCCUGAAGCGCAAGGAGAGCGGCAGCGCGGCCGCCAACGCCCUGCGGCGCAAGCGCGAGUUCAUCCCCGACGAGAAGAAGGACGAGGGCUACUGGGACAAGCGCAAGAAGAACAACGAGGCGGCCAAGCGCUCGCGGGAGAAGCGCCGCGUCAACGACAUGGUGCUGGAGAACCGCGUGAUGGCGCUGCUGGAGGAGAACGCGCGGCUGCGGGCCGAGCUGCUGGCGCUCAAGUUCCGCUUCGGCCUGGUGAAGGACCCGUCCGACCCCCCCGCCCCGCCCCUGCCCGCCCCGCCGGCCCCCACGCCGCGCUACUACCUCCCCCGCGCCGACGGGGCCCACCCCGGCCCCCCCGCGGCUCCCCCGGCCCAGGCCUGCCCGUACGGGGGGCGCGGUGGGGCCAGAGACGCAGGCAGCGCGUCGGAGGACUCGGGCUUCUCCACGCCCGGGGGCUCCAGCGUGGGCAGCCCCGUGUUCUUCGACGACCGGCUGAGCGAGCACGGCAAGCUGUCCCCCCGCGGGGGCGAGGAGCCCGGCUAUGAGCCGCACCCCUGCCCUGCCGGACUGGAGGCCGCGGACGGGAUGAAGAGCCUGCCCCACAAGCUGAGGUUCAAGACGCCGGGCAUCUGCGAAGCGGGCGAGGCGGGGGAGAGCAGACGCAGCCCCCUGCAGCCGGGGGCAGCCCGGGACGCCGGCAGGACCCACGAGGGCCCCUGCGCCUGGCAGCCGCAGCAGCAGUACCCACGCCAGGAGCCCCAGUGCUACCCGCAGCCCGCAGCCUACACCCUGCCUCCCCCACAGGGCCCCACAGACUCACACUACCACAUGGAGAACAGCGUGCUCAAGUCCCAGCUCAGCUCUCUCAGCGAGGAGGUGGCCCAGCUCAAGAAGCUCUUCUCCCAGCAGCUCCUCUCCAAGAUGAGCUAAGAGAGACACUUCCUCUCUAAACACAAGGGACUGAGGCAGGAGCCGGGCGUUUGGGCCGGUCUGCUCCCAGACAAACUGAGAGGCAGUCAGCUAGAGUAAGAGCACAGUAAAGACAUGCGGUUUACUGUUACUGUGCCACCCCUCCACAUGACCCGCAAGAGCCUCAACCUCUCUGAUAUCAACAGCUAUUACCUGUGACAAUUUCCACUUUGUUAAUAUCAGGGGCAUCUUUGCUCUGCUUAAGGUAAACGGUCAUGUAUACUUGUUGGACUACACUGGGCUACAGGGGGAUCAAUGUGUUUAUUUAGUCUCUGCCUCAGACAGAGCGCUGCUCUCGUCCAAAUGUGUACGUCCUCAGUACCAGUACUACUCUGCUAACGCUGCACUGGUCCUCCUCUGCCCUGCUCCUACCCUCUGUCAGACACUGUGAGGACUGAACACACACAAACACCUCUUUGCUGGGGAUGUCCACGCCUCACACGCACGUGGCUCCCUGUUAACCGCACGCUGUCUAGAUUCUGAACAGGCUUUCUGUUGUACACACCCACAUGUUUGUGGCACUGCAUUUGCUACCUGUCUUAACCCAGAUAACUUUGUAAGACUAUAUUGUAUUUAUUAUACAAUGUCGAUCUUGCUGUUAAACGACCAGUUUCAGCCUGGUUAUGAGGAGAGGACAGUAUUUUUAAUGAAAAAUGUCAUUUAGAUUUUCUGCAGAUUCCUCUCAAACCUGCUCAAAAUGGUAUCUUUGGUCAAUGAACUAAUACGGACUCACGUGUCAUCGUCAAGUCAGCCUGAAAUUGGGCAUAAUUCUUCAAAAACAAUUUAACAGCAAGAUCUAUACUGUAUUCUUCUCCUCCUCAUCUGUGAAUUUACUGUGAGAUAACAAAGCAUGAUGGGAGUUAUUUCAGUGAUGUCACUUCCCUGUCCACAUAUGCCUUCAGACAAAUCAGGUACUACUAUACUGCAUACACUCACAGUUUACACCAGUUACAAACAGGGGUAUUAGUAUGGGUGUAAGAUACCUCAUCUGGCAAUAACCUGGGUCUAAUAUGGUAGUGAGCUGGUUUGAUAAAGUUUGACCCCAUUUCAACCUGUUGUAAACGUAUCCAAACCCGAGCCACAACACCUCACUUCGUCGUUGCUUGAGUGGAACAGUCUCCAGUACCCAUUUUGGAAACAGGUAGUCCAAACACCACAACACUGUUACACAGUAUCAUCACAUUCCACUGGAAAGCUGUUUGACCACAUCUUUGCACCUGUACAACACCAGGCACCAAGUAGAUCACCCUGAUGACGAACAACGAUUUCCCAGGCAAAGGAGAUGGAAAUGACAGCAGCACAGGAGUAUGAGGUUAACACACGGUCCAACUUCUCUAACUACAGUGUUGAGUUACUGUACAAUCAAUUUCUCACGAAUACAGGGCAACCGCCAUUACUGUAAAAUCCACAACCCCGACCCACAUCUCACUUCCCUUCAGGUAUUUCCAACUAGUGUGGAGUUCAUAGUCUAACUGCCAUGCCAUACUGUACAAACUACUGAACAUGCAGGAUUAGUUUGCCACGCGGGAGACGUUCUGCUGUCUGUGAUACACCACCCUGACAUAACACUAUGUAACCCGCUUCUUGAUUCGUGUCGCUGGUUUUGUUCAACACAGCGUUAUUCUGCAGUAACUUGCUGUAUUUUCAUGUCUAUAUGUACACAACCAUUGUUACAGCACAAUGCUGAAAAAACCUUUGUUUAUUUAACGGACAUUGCAUUUUAAAUAUAACAUUUUGAUUAUGCAAUUGUCUUGCAAAAUAAUAUGCAAUAGGUUUUAAUUACUUGUUAAAUAAAUGUUUUUUUUUGGAAAA